AUGGAAUACAAUCAGGAUUUGCCCAAAGGGCUUGGGAGAGAGCCUGUCCUCUGCUGGGGCCACAAGAACGUCCGCAAGCAAGCGGGAGUGACAACAUACACGCUCUCCCCGAACCGCCAGCGGCCUAUGGCCCAGGCCUACCACCGAGCCAUCUUCAACACCUUUCGGCGCUCCAAGGCGCAGUUUCUUUACGUGGCCCCGCCGUUCAUCGUGGCCUAUUUGCUCAUGAGCUGGGCGAAUCAACGGUGA